AUGGCAAAGGAUAAAAUACUUUCUGCUAAGCUUAAGUAAUAGGAAUUCAAAACCAAAUCGACUUAAUUGAAGACAUAAAAAAUAGCUUAAUUACUUGAGCCUUAGUUUUAAUAGAGUGUAGAAAUAGAUGAUGAAAGGCCUUUAUUAAAGAUUUCUAAUUUUAAGGAUUAUUUACCUGAAGAGAAUGUGCAAAAUAUCAUCAAUCUAAAAUUAAAAUCAGGGCCAUAUAAGCUUUCAAUGACACCUUAAACCACAUAUUUGGCAGGGGAAUCUGGUCACAUUGCUGCUUUUAAUUGGAGACACAAAUAAUUAGAAUGUGAAUUCGAUGUUAAAGAGAAAUGUUAUGACAUAAUUUCUAUUGCCCAAAGAAAUUUUGCAGUAGCCCAAAAAAGUUGCAUCUACAUUUACGAUCCAAAAGGAGUUGAAGUCCAUAAAAUUCGAGAAUGCAAAUAAGCCACCAAAUUAGAGUAUUUGCCCUAUCACUUUUUGUUGGCUGCCCUCAAUUAAAAUGGAUAAUUGACCUAUUAGGAUAUAACUUAAGGAAAAAUAAUAUCAACUUAUAGAACUACUCCAUCACCUUUAUGUUUAAAAUAAAACAAUAACAAUGCAAUAUUAGGAAUAGGAGACCAAAUGGGAGUAGUAAGAAUGUACGCUCCUAAUACUGGGACUUCACUUACAUCCAUGUUGUGUCAUAAAGGAGGAGUGAUGUCUAUGACUUUCUCUCGAGAUGGCAAUCACUUAAUAACAACUGGAUCAGAAGGAACAGUUAAGGUCUGGGAUCUUAGAACUUAAAAAUUAUAAUCUCAAGUGGCUGUCAAUGCAACUAACUUAGCAUUAAGUGAUAAAGGAGUAUUAGCCGCAGGGAGAGGAACAGAUGUCAUUAUGUGGAAGAACUGUUUAAUUGGCGACUUAAAAACACCCUAUUUAAGAUAUAAGGCUUCUUCAAUGAUUUGUGAUAUUGAUUUCAUCAAACAUGAAGACUAUUUAGCAAUGAGUACCUUCGAUAGUUAUGAAUAAACAGUAGUACCAGAAAGUGGUGAAGCAUUCUUUGAUACAUAUGAAUAACCAGAAUUACAAAAUAAAAAACAAAGGUUAGAAACCAAUGUCAGAUAAUUACUUGAAAAAUUGCCACCAGAGUCUAUUUCUCUUUAAUCACAUCGAAUUGGUACAAUUGAUAGAACUUCAAAAAUGAUAAUAGAAAAAGAAUAAAAAAAAUAAAUUGAAGAACAGGCAGCAAAAAAGAUUAAGAAGCAAAAGAAAAAGAUGAGAGGAAGAAACAAAAUUGGAAAAAGAGAGAAACUCAAGGAAUUAGAGAGAGAUUAGAAAUAAUAAGUUAAAUGGUAAGAAAUGUUAUCAGAUGCUCUAAGAGUUAAAAGAGCUGAGAAGGAAAAGAAAAAGUUUGAAACUAAAUUGUUGGAUAGAUUAGAAUAGAUUCCAAGCAAAGAAUUUAUUAGAGUAGUUUCUUGA